AUGACAACGAGUAGCGAUCCUAUGGCGCAACAAUCGCGUGCACGUCAGCCUUCGGCCAAAUCUCCGGCACAACUGCAAGUGGACUUUGACGGGAUAUUGCCAAGUCCGAAACGGUCGGAGAGCAAGGGGAAGCUGCCUGGUGUUUCCCAGGCCGUAAAGCGAAGUUUAUUGAGCAGGCUCAGCGCGCAAUCCAAUGACUUCGACAAUACAAAGGAAUGCAGAGCAGAGGAACUCGCGACUACACCGGCUGCUUCCAGUGCAGCAUCCCGUAAGCAAAGAGUGUCCGAACGUGUUCAGUCUACCUCAAGCCAGAAACCCGUCAACCCCGUCAGAGGCCGUAAACGGAACGACAAUGGGGAAUCUGUGAUUAGUCAACCCAAGCAAAAGAAGAUGAUGAAUGCCAAGCGGAAGGCAGUGGCAGAUGUCACCGAAGGUCACAAACAAGUCAAAAGACCUUGUGUUCCAUCAACCAACAGCAUCAAGUCAGAUGUAAUAGGAACGAACGGAGAGGAGAGAGUGAGGUUGAUUGCACAGUCACCCCCAUUUAUUACGUCUCCCCAGCACCCCCUGAUUAGAGGCCUAUCAGGAUCACACAUGCCUACUGACAAUUCCAACACUCCUUUCAAAAAGCCCAUACUGCCAGCGCGGUCUACUCAGACUCUCAAAACUCCUACCAAGCCGAGGAUACAACCCGCCGGGAAAAAGCGGCUAUAUACACCAAAGGAUGCACGAAGGCGGUCUUGGGAUGAAGUCUAUCACCUGUCGUCUUCACCAUCAGUAUUUUACGAUGCUGACGCCACGGGCGACUGGCUGCAGACUGGUUUCGACCAGGAAAUCUUGUCUAGCAAUAGCAAACCUGUACCUGCAUCUCCGAAUGCAGAAUCCACAGCAAUUUCCGGCCACGCAGACCGUGACGACGUGAUUUCUGAAAAACGGACGGGUGAUACCCAGACAGAAAAGAGCAACCCCUUCAUACAACGCCGGGCGGAGAGGAAGGCCACAACUUUCUUGCGUCGUCUUACUGGGGAAGAUCAAGCAAAUGAGCAGGUCGAUGGCAGCCUUGGUUCGCCACAUGGUGUACGAAUAACGUUGAAUGGCUCUACUGGCUUAGAGGCCAAGGCUCUAUCGGAGAAGAGUCGGGCGGUUGCAUCACAUAUGCCAUCCCAGAAGCGGAAACCGAACGAUCCUCGAGACAGAAGCGAUGCGUCUAAGCCAUGCCAGAUCGAAGGCAUCAAAACGUCUACACUACUUCCGGAUGGCCAGCUAUCAAAGAGGGAACACGGGCUAAAUGAAUCGCCUAAACAUGAGCAGUGCGCCAUAACACAGUUAAAACAACUCUGUCCGCGGAAAACCACAUCACCCUCGCGACAGGGUUGUAAUAACAGAAAAGUUCAUCAUCGUACUAAGCGUCAAUCACAUACAUCAUUAGUAGCAAAAGACAUAGCAAAACCAACACCGGAAAAUCUCCAAGUCCCAACAAGUACCAAGAUACACGACUUCAGACUAUCUGAUAGUCAUAACAUCUUCGACAAUACGCCUAUCAAGCGUACAGCAGAGUUUUUCGGCGGAUACGUACAAGACAAACCAUACAUUGACUGCCACAACGACGAUGACGACGCAGUGCUCCCUAUGAUAUAUACAUCCUCUCCUCCGACAUUUCACUCUUCCCCACCUCUACAAACGUCCCUAAGUAUACAUAGCCCCGCAUCCACAGACGCAGAACCCCAACCCGAUCUACUAAUAUCAUCCUCUGGUAGUAGUAUCGCACCACAUAAGGGUAGUCUAUACUAUUACAAUUAUACACUCUAUAUGUUGGAAGGCCUUGUACGAUCGUACGGUGAAUAA